UCACUGGAGUUAACCAGUGAAGAAUAAUAGCCCUUAAAAAGUAGCAGCACUAUAACUAUGGCUCUGUUUAUGAGGCUCUCUAGUUCUUCUUCAACUAGCUUAAUGCUCAGCUUCAUGUUAUUGUUCAUUUUAUCUUUCAGAAUAACAAAAGCUGCGGUGAGAUUACCACCGAAUAUUUCAAUUCCUGCAGUGAUAGCUUUCGGAGAUUCGAUCGUGGACCCAGGAAACAACAACAAGAUUAAAACACUGGUGAAGUGCAAUUUCCCUCCUUACGGAAGAGAUUUUGAGGGAGGGAACCCCACCGGUCGGUUUUGCAAUGGCAAAAUUCCAACGGACAUGAUAGUUGAAGAAUUGGGCAUUAAGGAGCUUUUACCAGCUUAUUUGGAUCCAAAUCUCAAACCAAGUGACCUUGUUACGGGAGUCUGUUUUGCUUCCGGUGCCACUGGAUUUGAUCCUUUAACGCCAAAAAUAGCGUCAGUGAUAUCAUUGUCGGAUCAACUAGAAAUGUUCAAAGAAUACAUAGGGAAGCUUAAAGGCAUUGUUGGAGAGGACAGAACAAACUUCAUCCUAGCCAACAGUUUUUACCUUGUGGUAGCAGGAAGUGACGACAUUGCCAACACCUAUUUUAUUGCUCGCGUUAGACAGUUACAUUAUGAUAUUCCAGCUUACACUGACCUUAUGGUCAACUCAGCUUCCGCUUUCGUAAAGGAAUUAUAUCAACUCGGAGCACGCAGAAUCGGAGUACUGAGUGCACCACCGAUUGGGUGCGUUCCAUCACAGAGAACUCUGGCUGGAGGUUUACAAAGAGAGUGCGCUGAAAAUUACAAUUACGCGGCCAAGUUAUAUAAUUCCAAACUGUCAAGGGAGCUGGGUUCUCUUGACCAUAAUUUGCCUAAUAGUAGGAUCAUUUACAUUGACAUUUACAAUCCCUUAUUAGACAUCAUUGUGAACUACAGAAAAUAUGGCUACAAAGUUGCGGAUAGAGGUUGCUGUGGCACAGGCAAACUAGAAGUUUCAGUGUUAUGCAACCCUUUGGUUCCCACUUGUGCCGAUGUUUCGGAAUUCGUUUUUUGGGAUAGUUAUCAUCCUACCGAAGGAGUAUACAGAGUGAUCGUGCAUCAAAUCCUUCAAAAAUAUUUGAAUCGGUUCUUCUGAGUUUCUGAAGUUUGACCACAGCAUAUAAUGUAAUUAAUUAAAAAAAAUGUUAAC